GUCGGCGCGGCCCAACCGCGGCCCCCCCCCCAACAUGGAGGGCUGGCGAGGAGCCUGGUAUGUGCCAUGUCUAGCUUCACUUGAGACCCUCCAAGAAUUAUGUAGGAAGGAAAAUCUCACAUGUAAAUCCAUUGGAAUCACCAACAGGAGUCUAAAGAGUUAUGAGGUGGAAUAUUUGUGUGACUACAAGGUAGAAGAGGGCAAAGCAUACUAUCUUGUGAAAUGGAAAGGAUGGCCAGAAUCUUCAAAUACUUGGGAACCUCGGAAACAUCUGAACUGCCCUCUGCUUAUUCAGAACUUUCUUAGAGACAAGAACGAAUACUUGUCUCGGGGGAGAGAAGGCAAAGCAAUGAAAGUGAGAAACCAUGUUAAAACUUUGAAACCUGCAAUUGCAGAUUAUAUUGUGAAGAAGGCUAAACAAAGAAUAGCUCUGCAGAGGUGGAAAGAAGAACUCAACAGGAAGAAGAAUCACAAAGCAAUGAUUCUGGUAGAAAAUACCGUGGAUCUUGAAGGCCCUCCUAUAGACUUCUACUAUAUCAACGAAUAUAAACCUGCUCCAGGAAUAAAUGUGCUCAAUGGAAUAACAACUGGCUGUGAAUGUGCUGACUGCCCUGCUGAGAAGUGCUGUCCAAAAGAGGCUGGGUUUAUUUUAGCUUACAAUAAACGUAAGAAAUUGAAAAUCCAGCCUGGCUUGCCCAUCUAUGAAUGCAAUUCAUAUUGUAGGUGUGGGCCUGACUGCCCAAAUAGGAUUGUACAGAAAGGGACCCCGUAUUCCCUCUGCAUCUUCAGAACCAACAACGGCCGUGGCUGGGGAGUAAAAACCCUCCAGAGAAUUAAAACCAACAGUUUUGUGAUGGAGUAUGUUGGAGAGGUGAUUACAAGUGAGGAAGCAGAGAAGCGAGGCCAGCUCUAUGACAACCAGGGAAAUACAUACUUGUUUGAUUUGGACUAUGACUCAGAUGAAUUUACAGUAGAUGCAGCUCGAUAUGGAAAUGUAUCCCACUUUGUGAACCACAGUUGUGAUCCAAAUCUUCAAGUCUUCAAUGUGUUUAUUGAUAACCUCGACUUGCGUCUUCCUCGAAUAGCGCUGUUCUCUACCCGAACCAUCAAGGCUGGAGAAGAGCUCACCUUUGACUACCAGAUGAAAGGUUCAAUAGAUCUGACUUCAGACUCUGCUGAAGGUCUUAGCCCAUCCAAAAAGAGGAUCAGAACUGUCUGUAAAUGUGGAGCUGUGUGUUGCAGAGGUUAUCUCAAUUGAGUUCGGGUAUCCAAAGUCACAAAUAUUUUGUUCUUUUUUUAACGUGUUUUAAGAAGACUCUUCUUUCACACAUAUAUUCAAGUAUUCUUACAUCUAAAUAAGGAUGGUGAAAACAAGGUACUGUGUUUGUAAUUGAAGUGGCAUUGGCCAAAGAAAGAGAUUGUAGUGUUUCAAGCCAAUACAAAACUGAUAAUGGGGAUUAAAAUGUCAUUUUUCUAGAGGAGUUGUUUAGGAAGCUGUAAAAUGUUUGCAAAGAAAACUCAAAAAUGUACCUUGAUUUGAAUAUUCCUAGAACCACAGAAUUAGUCAGAUUGGAAGGGACCCUCAAGGGUCAUUGUGUCCAACUCUUAGUCCUGUGCAGGACAUCCCCAAGAAUGUCCCCACACCCUGUGCCUGAGAGCAUUGUCCAAACACUUCUUGAACUCUGCCAGGCUCGGUUCUGUGACCUGGUGCACUGUGUUCAGUGCCCAGCCACUCUCUGGGUGAAGAACCUUUUCCUAAUAUCUAAUAUAAAUCCCCUUUGGCUCAGCUUCAGGCUGUUUCCUCAAGUCCUGUCACUAAUCAGUGAACAGACCAGUACCUGCCCCUCUGCUUCCCCUUGUGAGGAUGUUGGAGAGC